AGCGGCAGGUUACGCUGGAUUUUGCGUCUGAUUUCUCAAGGAAAACCCAGACACCGCCCUAGGGAACAAGCUGAAUCCUGAAUUUGAGGACACCUGCAGAUGUGAGGAGCAGAGAGCCGCAAGAAUGAGAAGGCAGCCUGAGAUCGCUCCAUAUGCAGGAGAGCAAUUUCCUUCAGGUCAGGAUACAGAAAGUGGAGGGCAGAGAGCACGGGGGUAUAGCGCCAAGGUCAAGGCUCCCAAAGAAGGCCCGAGAGUGGGGCGAUCGGUGCCAGCAGGUGGGAAAGCUCCUGGGAGGAGAUCUAUCGGAUCGAGGGAGUUGCAGCGGGCAGGCAGAGAUCAGGCAGGCUGGAGCAGUUAGGGAGACUUCUUUGAGGAGGAAGAGGGUGUCUGGAGGCUCCUGGAGGCGGCGAGGCUCCAGGGCGCUGCCUCACCUGGGGCCCCGCCGCCGCGCUCUGGGCCGCAGUCUCGGCCCGCGCAGGCCGGGCACAGCUCGCCAGUACCACGAACCCGGAAGGGUCGCCGCGCGCGGCCUCCACCAGGGCCGCCUUCACAGACGUGGUGCCCAGGUCGAUGCCGAGAGUGACAGACCGUGCAGCCAUGACAGCGAUUGAGUCUGGGGCCCGGGCGCCCCUUCCAGCACACUUCAUCCGGGACAGAGGCGCCGAGGCGGGGCCUCGCCUGCCAAUCUUUCCAGCCACGCUCAACACGACGAAUUCUCGUCUUCCCAUUGGUUGAGGAAGGCCGAGUCCCGCGCACCCCGAGUGACGGGCCCCGGCUAUAGGCGGAGCCGCGGUGGAAGGCGGAACCUACAGGCCCCGCUCCGCAGGGCAGGGUUUGCGAUGUGGCCCGAGGCUUCGGCCUUGCUCACCAAAGUACCAGUACCCCGAGUCUCGCUGGGGGAUGCGAGGGCUUCUGUGACCCUAAUAGUGACUUAACCCUCCCACAUAUCCGAGCCUGCCAAGUUGCCUGAGCCCCUCCGCUCCUCCCCAGCCCCAAACUGUCUCGCCGAGACGCGGGAAAACUACAGCUCCCAGGGUGCACCGCGCCGAGACCUGUACUCCGCGGAUCAGGUGGCUCGAGUCAGGUGACUUCUGGUCCGCCCCACACUAAGUCAAGCCGGCCGGAGGAAGCUGGUACAGUCCGAAGCGGCUCCUGCGUCCCGUCUGGUCGGUCCCCUGAGCCUAGAGGACCUCAGUUCAUUGAAAUCGAGGAACAUGAUAAGAAGGUGGCUGGUUAUUUUUAGCCUUUUUCCCCUGAAGCUCAUAGAGAAAUGUGAGUCCACGGUCAACUUCUCUGUUCCUCCCACCGUGAAGCUGGAAAAUGGAAGCUCCACCAACGUCAGCAUCUCCCUCCCGCGUCCUUUAAAUGCAACCUUGGUGAUCACUUUUGAAAUCACAUUUCGUUCAAAAAACAUUACUAUCCUUCAGCUCCCUGAUGAAGUUGUGGUCCCUCCCGGCGUGACAAAUUCCUCUUUUCAAGUGACGUCUCAAAAUGUUGGACAAGUUACCACUUAUCUGCACGGAAAUCACUCCAACCAGACCAGCCCAAGGAUACUCUUCUCCGUGAUCCACAGCAAUGUCGUCAGCAUCAUAAACCAGGUGAUCGGCUGGAUCUACUUUGUGGCCUGGUCCGUCUCCUUCUACCCGCAGGGGAUCGCCAACUGGAGGCGGAAGAGUGUCGUGGGUCUGAGCUUUGACUUCGUGGCCCUGAACCUGAUGGGCUUCGUGGCCUACAGCGUGUUCAACAUCGGCCUCUUCUGGGUGCCCUCCAUCAAGGAGCAGUUUCUCCUCAAAUACCCCAAUGGCGUGAACCCCGUGGACAUUAAUGACGUCUUCUUCAGCCUGCACGCGGUCGCCCUCACCCUGGUUAUCGUGGUGCAGUGCUUCCUGUACGAGCGAGGCAACCAGCGGGUGUCCUGGCUGGCCGUCGGCUUCCUCGUGCUCUCCUGGCUCUUCACACUCAUCACCCUGAUCAUGGCCGCGGUCAGGGCCACCACGUGGCUGCAGUUUCUCUUCUGCUUCUCCUACAUCAAGCUGGCAGUGACGCUGGUCAAGUAUUUUCCACAGGCCUACUUGAACUUCUACUACAAAAGCACCGAGGGCUGGAGCAUUGGCAACGUGCUUCUGGACUUCACUGGGGGCAGCUUCAGCCUCCUGCAGAUGUUCCUCCAAUCCUACAACAACGACCAGUGGACGCUGAUCUUUGGAGACCCGACCAAGUUUGGCCUCGGCAUCUUCUCCAUCUUCUUCGAUGUUGUCUUCUUCAUCCAGCAUUUCUGCUUGUACAGAAAGAAACCAGGGUAUGACCAGCUGAACUAGCUCCCAGGGACCCAGCGGAAACAGCCCAGGCCCUGGGCCCUGGUGGGCAAGUUUCCACUAGGAAGGCUGAAAAAGCCGUCUGGAGUGCCGGGCUGGCUCCAUGUGGAGAAGCACUCUUCCUCAGGGCCAAACUCCUUGAACUUGAACCAGCCUGCUUUCGUCCAGGACUCUUACAGGCCAGGGAGGAACCUACCUCUGGGAUAGGCACCUGACUGUGUGCUGAGAUUAAUGGCCAGACCACUGGCGGCCCCUCCCAGACUCCCCAGAGGUCUCAGCCCCUCCCAGGCUUUGCUGGCCAGGCAUCUGGCCCUCCUGCAUCUUGAUGCUGCACCUCUAUUUUCUUCAAGGCUUCAGGCAGCACGCAGGGCUUCUGGCAGCCGUCCCAGGCAGGAUUGAGCACUGAGCUUGGAGCCAAAGGCCUGGCCCCAAGCAACGAGUGUUUCUGGAAGCAGCUUGAAGGACUGACCUUGCAGCUGGGAGAGCCAAGGGUGCUUUGCUGCCACUGCUGUGUUCAGAGACCAAGCAGCCAGGUGCCGUGGCCAACAGACCUGAGGUGCUGGUGCUGGUGGCAGGGGGGCUAGGACUUUGGGGUUAGGCCUUGGGUACCUCCUCUGAAGGCUGCAUUCUCUGAGCGCUCACUGUCCUGACACUCAAUUCUACGUAAACCCACUUUCACGACUGCAAUCACAGGUGGCCCAGGCCAGGCUCUGGUAAAGAAACAGUAUUUCUGAGCCUUGAGGUACCCAACAGAUUGGUUCAGAACCAGGCUCACAUCCAACACUCUCUGGAUCCUUAUCACACUAACGACCCUUUUGGAUUUUUCAAAGGGAUGUUUUGGAAGUGAGUGGCUUACUUUCUUCUGCUGCUGCCUAUCUCCACUUACCCAUAGUCAGGCCCCAAGCCCCUCCAACUGCUCCUUACCCUGAGUCUGGAGUACAGGACACACACACACACCAGUCUGUGCCUUAGGCGCCUGUUAGACUUGCCACGUGGUGAAAACAGCUCCCCUGACGGGGAGGGCAGGCCCCCUUCCCUCCCCAGACCCCUACCUGAGACUCACCAAUUUGUGGCUAUUCAGGAGCCUCAGAUAAGGACUUAAGACCAACUUACACAAUCCUUAUGGGCCCCACCUGAUCCCAAAGCCCCUCCUUUCCCACUCCAAGCAGUUGUCCUUCCUUUGGAGGAGGGGAGGGGAGGGUCCCAGGACGUGCCUUGUACCUGCCAUGAGCUUGUCAGUCCACUCUCGUAGUUGUUAACCACGAGAUCAACAUGAGGGGCUUCUGUCCUUAAUUAAACCUGAUUCAUUUCCUCUGCACACUGAGCAUUUGCCAGAUGCAGGAGGCAGGGGUGUUGGCUUCAGAACCAAGUCCUUGGGGCUUAGGGAGACAGCCUCAGUCACUCGUGUAAGGAAAUGUGUGGGAUUUUGAAGUCUGCUGAUUCCAAGGUGGCUGCGUGCCGACCCGGCAUUUCAUCAGGGGAGCUCUGUUGGGUGGCACAAGAUGCUUACCUGCUCAGGGCCAGGUAGGUCCCGCAGGGACCCUGUCUGCAUUACCAAGGGCAUGGCACUCAGGCUGUGGUGAGCACGGGUUGGAUGAGGUCUUUAAGGGCACGUGGGGGAAGGGUGGGGGAGGAAGUCUUCCAGAUCGUCUAGCCAGGUAUAAGUAUCAAAGAACUUAGGAUCUUGUUUCCCUAAAGCAGAAACUGCAGCCUGACCAAGCCCACACGCCUGUUUUAUUUGGUCCACCCAGUCUGUGAUUGGGUACCACACUUUAAAGGUGGGAGAUUGCAAAAAUCUGACUUGGCAGUGCUAGGUGGGUCCAUGAGUGGCAACAAUUCCCAGAGCUGGUAAUGCAGCCAGUGCUGGGCCAAGCAGAGGCCUCAGUGCUCCCCAGCUCCCCCCAUCUCCUCAGGUCACAGCCCCUGGAAACAUUUGGGGCUGCAUCUCUGGCUGUGCUAAACUGAAUGCUCUUAAGAGUCUUAGUGGGUGGAUGUUCUCCCUUGGUGUCCAUGAGGUCCCUCCCCAAUAGGAGCUGAGGCUAGGUUACGCGAGGGAAGUUGGGGGUUCCUGGCCCAGUUCCAGUGAAGGUACUCCCAGACGUUCCCACGCGGGCGGCCCUGGGCAAGCACAGUGUCAGCGGCCUUGGGGAUAGUUGGGCUUUGUCCAGAGCAGCAGGGGCCAAGUCAGCCAGCCUCACAACCAAAGCUCUCUCACAAUUCACCCCCAAAUAUCCCUACCUCAUGUCUCAGCAAAGACCUCUGAUGAAUGAAUUCCAGCACUGUUUAUUGGGCACAAGACGUGGGGUGGCUUCCUACUGCCCCAUUUCCACAGUAACCAAAGCAAGGCUGGUUCCCUUGCUAAGAGUAAUUCCCAGAUGUGAAUUAGCCGAAUUCGAAAGUUGAACUGGCAUCUUCAAAGAGUACGAUAAAAACACUUUGUAUCAAAGUUGUGAUUAAAAAAUACAAACGUUAAACCCAAAGGCAUAGAGGAAAAUGGCAAUCCUGAGAACUGCCCUGAAAUGUCAGCCUCAAACCUCAUCUGAAUCCUGUAAGUAGGUGAACCCUGGGGAGGCCCGCACCCCUUGGGGGGUGGGAGUGCAACGGGGUGAGCUGCGAGCCUGCCUGGCUUCCAUCCGGACAAACCUUCAUAGUGUCUCUGGUAGUGAGUCGAAUCCCCGCUGGGAAACACAGGGAAAAGGAUGGGGCACAGGCACUGCAGAGCCAAGACACGGGGGGCAGUGCCCAGCCCUGUGUUUCCCAGCUACAUGGUGUUCUCAGGAAGGGGGGCCCCUGCUCGCCUGCUGUGGCCCGGCAGCAGGGUCUGGGGGCCAAGCCUUGGUCACAGAUUGGGGACUGACUCCAUCUCGGCUCCAGGCCCUUGUUUCCAAUCCUCAGUGUCCAAGGGAGAGAGCUGGUCCCAGAGCUUCGGGCCCAUGGUGGGAGAGGGGAAGGCAGGUCAGGCCUCUGGGACCAGCUCUUGCCCUUCUAGGCGGGGGCCCAGCAACGAGCAGAAGCCAGGACGAGGGGCAGACAGAGCGUGGAAGUAGUGUCGCUGUACAAAGGGCGGGCAGGCAUGAGUCAGGGGCCCCGGCGGCUGCUAGGACAGCAUGGACUGCUGCACGGCCUUCUGCAGCGACUGCCGCGUCACCAGCAGACGCACCACCUCCUCCGAGCGCUUGGUGAGCCGCUUCCGGGCCUGGUCGUGUGUGACCAUGGUCAUGUCCCAGCCGUUCACCUGGCCCAGGGAGAGAACACAGCCCACCUCAGCUUGCCACCUUCUGGGAUCGGAAAGUAGGACGGGCUUUGGGAGGCCUGGGUCUCCCGAGCUGACGUGCCCGGGCUGGGG